AUGGCCGCAAUUCUCUACUCAUUCGUUGCUCAGCACGGCUCAGUUAUCGCAGACUAUACACCUCCGCAAGCGUACAGUUCGGACAAGUUCGUAAAUUUGGACCUCAUUGCCAGAAACAACCUGACUAGGAUCCCUAAAACUGACUCUUACGGGCUCAAUGUCAUUCUCGGACAUCACUUCUACCACAACGUUAAGAACGGCCUGAUCACGUCAUGUGUGACUUCAUCGGAACAGACUGGCGAUCUUCCAAGAAAUUUUCUGGUAUCCCUGCCCCGUAACCUCAUUUUUUAG